AUGAUACGCAACACCACAAAAUAUGGCCAGCAAUUGCACCGCAUUGCUGCAGCAUGGCCUGGCGACCCAUUUCGCCCGAAUAUUCAGCUGAAGACAUUCCUUCAGUCGCUGUCAGAUCAUCCUAAUCUGACCCCUCAGGCGGUGGAGGCAGCGCGUGAGUUGCAAGAUAAUGUGUAUCAGAAGAGGUUUUCGUUGAGCGAGAAGAUGCUGCAGCCUGCGUCGAUGCCUCAUCAUUACACUCGACUGCUUGAAGCGUUCGACAAGAGCGCGAAGGGAAUUCGCCGUCCGUGGUGGAAGAUAUUCUUCAACAUCUGGUAA